GCUAUCACCGUUCCCCGAGAUUUUUUUCCAUUAUUUCAAGAGAAAUGCUAGGAAUCCAAAUCCAAUAAUGAUCCUGAUUAUCAAAACCAUGUCACUGUGCAUCUCACCAAUUUCGAUGAUCUGGGUUUGUUGUCUGCACGUCAUCUUGAAAAAUGGCGACUUUACUCAACCUGAGGUGAAAAGUUCAUGAAAUCUUAGAAGAAUGCCUUCAUUUCUUCUUGAAUUUGUUCUUACAGAUGAGAACCGAAUGAAUAUUAGCCAUCCAAAUUCUCUGUAAAUGUAUUCAUGAUAUCACCAUCCAUGGAAAUCCCAUUCUACUGUUAUUUUCUGCUCUUUCUCUUAUUGUUUAUCCUCACAAAACAUCUGAUUUUGCCGAGCAAAAGACUCCCACCAGGCCCUGCUUUUUCCCUCCUCAUUAUUGGCCACCUCCAUCUCUUGAAGAAACCCCUACACCGAUCCUUUGCAAAACUUGCAGACCAAUAUGGUCCAGUUCUCUAUAUCAAGAUGGGCUCCCGCCCUGUCCUCCUUGUUUCUUCCCCCACCGCCGCCGAGGAAUGCUUCACCAAAAAUGAUAUCGCGUUUGCAAACCGCCCAAGACUCCUUGCCGGAAAACACCUUGGCUACAACUAUACUACCCUUGUUUGGGCCUCCUAUGGCUACCACUGGCGCAACUUGAGGCGCAUAGCCUCUCUUGAACUUCUGUCAUCCAAUCGCCUCCAAACGUUCUAUGGCAUACGCGUUGACGAGGUUCGAUCGUUGAUUUCUCGGCUUUUCCAAGACUUGGAAGGGGUUGAGUUUCGGACCGUGGACAUGAAGUCAGUUUUUUUUCAGCUGACCCUCAAUGUCAUGAUGAGAAUGAUCGCAGGAAAGCGGUACUAUGGAGAGAACGCGGCAGAGCUGGAAGAAACGAGAGAGUUCAAGAAAAUUGUGAAGGAGACCCUUCAGCUCAGUGUGCCUACAAAUCUAGGAGAUUUUCUGCCGGCUUUUAAAUGGGUUGGAUCGAGAGGACUGGAGAAAAGGUUGGUGAUACUGCAGGGGAAAAGGGACAAGUUCAUGCAGGAGUUGAUUGAAGAACAAAGGAGAAUGAGGGCCGAUUCUGCUUUUGAAGAGAGGGACAAGAACAUGAUUGACGUCCUAUUGUCACUGCAAGAAGCUGAACCUGAGUUUUAUAAGGAUGAAAUCGUGAGAGGCAUGAUGCUUGUCAUGUUAACUGCAGGGACGGACAGUUCAGCUGGAACAAUGGAAUGGGUAUUGUCUCUUCUGUUGAACAAUCCAGAGUCCCUUGUAAAAGCCCAGGCUGAAAUUCACAAUCACAUUGGACAAAACAGGCUACUAGAGGAAUCAGAUCUUACAGAGCUUCCCUAUCUUCGCAGCAUCAUAAACGAGACACUCCGGAUGUACCCACCUGCCCCACUUCUUCCCCACGAGUCAUCCGAGGAAUGUACUGUCGGUGGCUUUCAUGUCCCGUGCUGCACAAUGCUAAUGGUAAAUGCAUGGGGCAUACAAAAUGAUCCCAAGAUAUGGGCUGAGCCUAGAAAGUUUAAGCCAGAGAGGUUCCAAGGUCUGGAAGGGGAAAGGAAAUUCGAUGGAAUGGUGUUGUUGCCGUUUGGAGCAGGGAGAAGAGGUUGUCCUGGAGAGGGUCUGGCAAUGCGGAUGGUGGGGCUGGCCUUAGGAUCACUGAUUCAGUGCUUUGAGUGGAAAAGAAUUGGGGAGGAGAUGGUGGACAUGACAGAAGGGGCAGGACUCACAGUGCCCAAAGCGCAACCAUUACUAGCCAUGUAUAAGCCACACCCUGCAAUGGCAAAUUACCUUUCUAAACUCUGAGAACGCUAGGCUCCCGGCCUGUUCUUUGCUCGCCUCUAUUCUAGUAUUCUUAUUUUCUA